CUCAGGUUGUUCUCACUCACACAAUGAGCUCGGCAAGCAUCAACCACCCUACUUCUCUCUCACGGGUGCAACAACACUAUCCAAAUAUCUCUCGGUACAGCCCGAAAAACCGCCUGUCAUAUCACCACCCCAUUUUUUCCAGGCCAACCACAGGUGCGCGUCAGGUUGCCGCGAUGUCACAGAUAUUUAAACCAAACGACUCUGGGUGCUGCAGAACUUCAAAGAUGUUACGCAACGCAAGACAUGCAUGGAGCCUGCUGAUCGAUGUACUGCAGGAUCACGACCGCCGCAUGCAGUCUGUCGUGACCGUUUGUGUGUCACAAUGACUUGCCUGAUUCUCUCUGGGGAAAAAGGGCGGGGAUUUGAGGGUUUGAGCGUAAGACAUGGCUGGUGAUAUCGCUAUCUUUGCUCCCUUGGGUGGGAUGAAAUCAUCGAAGGUCGUAUCGCGAAAGUUCCCCCAUUCUCACCUCACGGACCGAUUCGGCCGGGUCGGGAACUUGGGAUCAGGUACCACAGAUUCAGUGACGGAUUGACAUUGGCAUGAUUGAGCCAUCUAUGACCGCAGCAGUUCAAACCGUCGAAACCUUAUCUUCGUCUGUCCUUUCGCCCUUGGCGGCAAGAUCUGGCAGCUUGGAUGAUAACACUGCAUCAAUCUCUGUUCUCCAAGCCAGCGCACAGCUGUCAGAAGAACCAGAGAUGGCAGGUGAAGGCAAUUGCCUGGACGAUCACCACCAUCACUAUGUUUGUGUCGGUCGCACACAUGCAGCGGAACGCUGGGUGAGCUUGUCUUUGGAUGCCAAUGUGUUUGCCCGCACACUCCGACUUUCCCCUCUCUAAGGUAUCUCGCUGUUGUCUGGCUGGUGGUCGUUGGUAGUUCAACGUUGGAAGACAAGCUGCUCAACCACACUGUUGACAGCUAACCCCCCACCGGCUCUUCUCUUUCAUGCCUCCCUUUUUCUGCUCGCCCGUCGAAUUACCCCGGGUUUCACCGUCGGAGCAACUCCGUUGAGUUGAGGAAAACCAGCCACAACACUGCCAUCACCAGAAAGUACCAGGACGAUAUCAACAUGUCCGUCGACAGAAUAAGAGCAAUUGACAAGAUUGAAAAGUUCCCACCGCCUGUGGACGACGAUGAAAAUAAGCAUGAGCUCGGUGUUUCUCUCCAACCUUAUACUUCUAGCCAACAUGGACCCAGAAACCAGGAUAGACGAGGCAGCACCCUACUGGGCGACGUCAUUAUCGAGAUCGACCCUGUUGUUGAGAAGCGGGUCAGGAGGAAGUUUGACAAGACGCUGGUCGUGCUGGUGUUUCUGGCUUAUAUGCUUGCCUUUCUUGAUCGGUCCAAUAUUGGGAAUGCCCAGAAUGCGGGAAUGGGCGAUGAUCUUGGGUUUGACGAUGAGCACUAUCAGUGGCUGCUCACCAUAUUCUACAUACCGUAUAUCUUGUUUGAAGGCUUUGCCCUCAUGUGGAAGAUCAUGCCUCCUCAUAUCUGGGCCACCAUAACAGUAGCAACCUGGGGCCUCGCCUCAACCCUCCAAUCCGCCGCCCCCAACUGGCAAUCCCUCAUGGUCUGCCGCUGGUUCCUCGCCAUGGCCGAAGCCGGCUUCGCCCCCGGCGUCCCCUACCUCCUAUCCUUCUUCUACCGCCGCCGCGAACUCGGCCUCCGCUGCGGCAUCUUCCUCUCCGCCGCCCCCCUCGCAACAACCUUCGCCGGCGCCCUCGCCUAUGCCAUAACCAGCACCCCUUCCCCCCCUCUCCCGCCCUGGCGCCUCCUCUUCCUAAUCGAAGGCCUCCCCACCCUCAUCUUAGCCAUCAUCCUCUACUUCCACCUCCCCUCCUCCCCCACCACCGCCCCGGUCCUCACCCCAACCGAACUUUCCGUCGCCAAAGCCCGUUUAUCCCUCCACACCCCCCAGCAGGGUCAAACCCCCACCGGCUGGCGAAGCAUCUCCCCCCGGGAAAUCCUCUCCACCUUUGAAAGUCUGCAAACCCUCCUUCCCUCCCUAAUGUACUUCUCCCUCAACGUCUCCUUCUCCUCCUUACCUGUAUUCCUCCCCUCCAUCCUCUCCUCCAUGUCCCUUUCCCCAAACACCUCCACCGCACAGGGUCUCACCGCCCCGCCUUAUCUCCUCUCCUUUCUCAUCUGCAUCCUGUCCACUUACCUCGCCGACAAAACCCAGCAACGCGGCCUGACAAUCAUUUGUCUUUCCCUCGUCGGUGGGGCGGGGUACGUGCUACUAGCAACCCUGCCAGAACACCUCGUUUCGGUCCGGUAUUUUUCUGUUUUUUUGGCUGCUGGGGGUGUCUUUCCUAGUAUAGCCAAUGUCCUUCCGUGGACGUUGAAUAACCAGGGGAGCGACACCAAACGGGGGGUGGGAAUCGCGGUGCUGAAUAUGGUCGGGCAGUGCGGGCCGCUGUUGGGGACGAGGCUGUUCCCCGAGGGGGACAGGCCUGGGUAUACAAAGGGGAUGGUGGUCUGUGCGGUGUUUAUGUUUGUUAAUGCCGGGCUGGCGGCGGGGUUGAGGUGGCAUUUUGCAAGGAAAAAUAAGAGGCUGGAGGAGAGGGAGAGGGCUCAGGUGGUAUUGAGGGUGGGGGAUGGAGGGAGGAGGGAAGAUGGGGAGAGGGAGGGGAUGGUUGGGUUUAGGUAUGUUUUGUGAUGAGGGGCUUGUUGGAAUACCCCCAAAGGCAGUGAUUGGGGUGUACUGACUUGCAAGGGAAAUAAUGAGAUGUGAUGAGUUUUCAUGACGGUAGGGAUGGUAUUGUUUCUUUGUUUAUCCAAUGGUUAUCUGUUUGAUGACAGUGCCUAUGCUUGGGAGCCCAAUCCUUAGUCUCUGAACUGCCCCUGAGGCAGAUACUGCCAGUUCGAGACAUAUGCCGGUGUCGUCCCAUUUCUCCCGUUAUUCGUGGCAUACACGCCAAGGAGCACCCCUAUUUCAGCCAGUUAGCAACACAAUGAUAUCCCUAAUCUUCC